ACACUUUCAGCUGGGUCUUUUUGCUAGCAGCAGAACACUCGCUAGCUUGUUCGGAUUCGUUGUACUGUAUUCUUUCUGAUCUGUCAUCUCACCAAGACCGAAUAAUAGUUUGACUGCUCUCAAAUACUAUCAACACUCGAGUUAAAUUGACGUAUUGGAGAAAUCUCUCGCUUGUUUCGUUUAAGUUUAGCCAGCUUGCUAUGCUAGCUAAAGUAGUUUAUAGCUAGCUCGUUUACAACGGCAAACGGUAGCAGAGAGAGACGAAGAGACGUUAACCGAGAAGUAAACUUGUUUACUGACAAUCUGCAUACAUACUAGGAAAGUGACAGUUAAUGCUACAUGCUAAAGACUAACCAGUCAAGUGUUGUUUCCUUGCUAACCAGAGAGGCUAUUCAACAAGCUAGCAAUCAGAUGAGAUCAGAAUGCCCUGACUGCUCGUGCGAUAAAUUCGGGGAAAGCGCUGCUGUACGUCCGAAAAUAGAUUUUUUGCUCGACCAAAAUCUGAGGGAGAGGAGUCGUUUCCUUUACAUCCAAACGUGCUCAGAGGGCCAGCUUCUUCUUUGUAACCAAAACAACCCACUGACAAUCGUCUCCCAAAUGUUGACAGAAAACAGGAAGCGUCGGCGUGGUGGAGACAAUGAGGGGGACCAGCUGAACCCCCAGGCCAAAAGGUCAGGAGGGGGGCAGGAGGGUCACACCCUGGUGUCCAAGCUGGGCCAAGACGUCUGGGACUCUGAGUCGUCCAGCAGUGACAGCAGUAGUGGUAUCAGUAGUCCUGAGAGGGCAGGGGGAGGAGCCAGCACCAGCACAUGUACACAGAGCCAGAAGAACUGCACUUCCCAGGGUCUCCUCAGUCCCUCGCCAGAAGACCCUUCAAUUUCCUCGUUGAGUCUCAAUGGCGGCAGCACCCCCUAUGACCACAUCAACAGUGUUCUGAGGGAGGCCCACUUUAGCAGUCUCCAGACCAGAGGUCAACCAGGAUCUACGUGACCUCAACUCACCCCUGACCCUUCACUCCUGACCCCCGUUACCCCACUGGAACAAGCCCCAACUGGGCAGAGUCGGUCCAGGUAGAAGUUGACCGUAGGCUCAAAUCUAGAAUCAACUUUCCCCAGAUUUGUGUCUAGGAGCAACUUCAUCCUAUUGGCAUCCAUGUCGUGGCAGAUGAGGAUAUACAUCCUUUGGGCUCUGGGCCCAAUCCAUCCCAUUGUCCCUGUGCUGUACAUCUUACAUACAUGAAGCACACCUACAUAUCCAAUGGCCUGUCCACUGUGGUACUACUAUAUGCAGUAUGUAUGUACUCCAGCACUUUACUGAGGCGUGUACUACUCUGUGUUGGUCUCCUUACAGGAGUGACUUCUUGUUGGACAUUAACAUCGCCACUGGUGCUAUCUACUACAGAUGGACAUCUGUAUGAGUGUCUAAAGUGCUGUAUCCUAAUUAAUAAAGAGAAGCACUUUAUCCUGCCUGUUAUAUUCUUGUCCAGGCCAAUACUCAUCAUGCUGAGUGUGAGUUGGUGUUGAUUAGUCACUGUGGUUACCUUCUAUGAUUGUCGCCUUGGCCUACAGGUUGUCCAGAUGGAGGAUUUCAAGCCACACUGCCAAGUUUCUUGCACUGAUAAGAUGAGGUGCUUUGCAGAAUAAAGGCUAAAGUUGGGGUU